ACCCGUCACGACGUCGACCAACAGAAAUCAGCAGCCACCAAAACCAUCCUCUGGAGGGACAGUAGCUACCGGGGCCGGACCAUCUAUAACUUCAGCGGCGGUUGCAGGGCCGGCAGGGGGAGGGGGAGGACGUCGUCGUUCUCGAAGUCAAGUACCGCAAAACAGUAGCGGCGGAGUAGGGGGGAUCGGAGGCGGUGGCAGUGGAAGUGCCAGUGCCAGUCGUCGAAGCAGUAAAACGGAUUACGCUCGGCGGAGGAGUCCUCCCUCAUCAGCUACUGACGACUCUUCCUCCUCACUUCUGCUGUCUGUAUCCGCCGCCGGGGGAGGUGGCACUGGUGGUGGUGGUGCUAGUGGUCGCUCGAUAGGAGCCAUUGAACGGGAACGCGACAGCGAGCGAGGCGGUGGUGGUUCGGCUACCAGUCAUCAGCACCAUCCACAUCCGCCUGAUUCGGCCUAUGAGAAGAGUCACAACAUGGCUUCGUCCAAUCACCGUGGCAUUCAGAUUGGCUCCGCAUGGUUCCAGCGGAAGAUCAAUCUUCGACCACAGCACCGGGGUGUCCAUCUGGUGACCGAGGAGAUUCUGCGACAGAUGCCCGAGUUGGGUCAGUUUUCAGUUGGAUUGUGUCACGUUCAAAUUCUACACACAUCUGCCAGCUUAGCGUUGAAUGAGAGUUGGGACCCAGACGUGCGGGACGAUAUGGAGAUGAUGUUGAACAAAAUCGUUCCCGAAGGACUUCCCUACCGACAUUCCUGUGAAGGUCCAGACGAUAUGCCUGCGCACGUGAAAGCUUGCUUUCUCGGCAGCUCACUGACAAUCCCGAUCACCGAUGGUAAACUCUCGCUCGGCACGUGGCAAGGCGUGUGGCUGUGCGAACAUCGCGAUCACGCUGGCUCCCGGAAGCUGGUGAUAACGCUAUCCGGCUGCCCUCGGGAUUCCGCCCGGAGUCCUCUUUCGCCGGUGUCCCCGAUCGCAUCGACCUCCAGUUAGGGACGGCCACGCUCUGCUCGCGAUAGUCGGUAAUCGUGGGUUAGAGCGGUGCUCUACUGUAAGUUUCAUACUAUUAAGAGUUAUACUGUUGUGGCAUUGCUGGGCUACGGAAGCGGGUUCUCCGGAGGAAACCUACCACUGUCCAUACACCAUUGCGUUAAUUAUACUAUAAGGCACGGCAUCCGCGAUCGUUUGCCGAGGAGUAAAUGUCGAAGAAGCAAGAUUUUAAUAGACAAACAUAAAAACAACUUAGCAACAAAAUCGAUAGCAAGUUUAAGCGAGCAGCAUCGUAAUAAUAUCUAACGACUACCUUAGAUACCGAUGGGCAAAGGCGAAAGGAAAACAUCAAAAAGAAUAUUUCAUUUACAAUUUAUAAGAAAAAAAAAAGAUUAGUAUAACUAGAUAUAACAAUAAUAGAAAUCGCUGAAACAAAUUUCGUAUGAAAGUACGCAAUGGAAAGAAUAGCAUUUAAGAUGUCUAUUGAAUGGUUACGAGAGUUGAAACUCGUCAAACUAAUUUUUACAACUUUAUUAAGAAAAUAGUUAUGUUUUAUUUUUUAUCGAUUUUACUAUCAGGCAACGUGAAAUAACUAGUGCAACUAAUGAAUAGCUAAUGAAAUAAACAAAAAAAAACCAAACCAGAAAGAGAAAUUAGAUGUGUAGCCUCAAUGAUGCUUUUUAAUUUUCAAUCAGUUGUUAUUCCCUUUUAAUAUACAGUUUUCGUUCGUUACCAUGAAAUAGUCUAGCAGAAUUAGGGCAAAUAGGCUGAACCAAUGCGAACAACACGAAUGCACAAAGAUGUAAGAGGAAAUUUGAGGGAGAAAAAUAAGUAGGUAAUACAUUAGAAUUUGAAAACCAAUUUGCGAGAGGUGUACCUUUUUAUUGAGUACAUAGACAUGGGGGGUAUAACAAGAUACCAGACGCCGAAAGACAUCAGGCAGUUAGAGCCAGAGCCAGAGCUGGCUGCAGCAGCAUUUCAGUUGCAGUAAAUAAAUGCUCGGUAAACACGAAAUGUGCGGCAAAACUAGCUGGUUUUGUUUGUGGGAGGUUGUGCUUCACCGAUUUGUGAGUGGGGGUAGAAUAGCGCAUCGUCUACCCAACCUCCCUUCCUCAUUUCAUUCGAAUCAAUCAAAACAAAACAAUUCACUAUCCCCGGGAGUGGUGGCCAUCAUAAAUUUGACUAUUUUGUACUUUUGAACGUUCUUGAUUCUUUACGUUAUAAUAAGUCGGAGUUCUUAAAAUUUCGGGAAGAACACAGUUUACCAUUGUUCCAUCUUUAACCCUUGCCGUUUAACUGGUAAUGAAACUUGAAAGAUGUUUGGAACAUGUCUGGUCAACCUGAUAUGUCCCUAAUGAUAGUCGCCCGUGCUGAUGUUGAAGAAAAUCCUGAUUUAGGAACUCAACGACAAUAUACAGGGUCCUGCAAUUGAAGUGCUACAUUGAAACUAAAAGAUAUAUUGAUGAAAGGAAAAACUUUUUCGUUUAAAUUCAUCCAAUUUCUUCAUCCAACUUCAAAACAAAUAACAGUUACUGUUUGAAAACUUUUUGGUACAGUUCGACCUUUUCACCCUUGUUUAGGAUUAACCACUCACCGCAGAAGAUCGAGGAACAUAGGAACGGGGACCGCAAUUUCAGGCUACACUAGAUGUCGCUUCAGGACUUUCAUAUCCAACCCCUCCGAGGUUGAACUGAGUUUUCUUCGGUUUGUGAGCCGGCGCCGAGUCCGUACAUGCUCGAAUUUGAUUAACCAUUUUUGGAUCAAGAACAACCAUUUUCGACCCUUUUCCGCGCUAUGUCAUUUCAUGACUUCUGCAUGACAACAGCGUAAGGAAAUCGUCUAAUUGGAGGAAGUAAGAUCGAAAACCGUAUGUGGCUGUUUUUGGUGUUGAAGCAUUUUUAACCGGGCCAGAUCCGUUCGUCCUUGAUCAUCCCAUCCGGUUUAGUCCUUCAGGAGUUUGUUUGUUUCCGUUUCAUUCCGAAUGGCUAACUGCAGAUGACGAAGGAUGAUUCUGAAUUUUGUAAUGCCAAGGGCGGCGUUUCCGGCUAACUCCAGCAUCAGUCGCCAGAAACUCCAAGCAGCGAUUGGUAUAACGAGGUUAGGUAUAAUUGACUUUUCUCAUUAGCUGCUGAAUUUGACGGAAUGUUUACUAAAAUAAACCGCUGUUGUCAUGGUGAGAGUGUUGAUUUUGACAAUGUUAACACUUCGAAGGGGGUAAAUAUUUUAAUGACCUCGUUUCUAACUUGAUCUUAGGGCAUAUAGUCGUUGCCACUGGCCCUUCUCCCCCUUGAACUGCGGCCCAAACAGCAGGCUGUCCAGCAGUAGAAAGAAGAUGAAGAACUUGAUUUGGAAACACCAAAAACGAAAGUAUCGCGUUCGAACGAAAACAAGAAUACCUUUUCCGAAUUCGUUCAAAAGUAUCCGUUCGAACGAACAACAGAUUCGUCGUAAACCAGCAGAAGGGUGUUAAUUUCGAUAACCUAACACAAAAUUAGACACCUAGGACCAUAAGACUUACCUUCAGCAGAUGAUGGAGUGGCGUUGAUGCUCGAGAACUAUCAAAAUGGUUGAAAUAAUAUGAACAAAACUUGCUGAAAAAUAACCCUUUUUGGUAGUUCUCUACUGGGUUGCCAGGAGCCCCGAUUUGUCUGUAAAACACAGACUUUUGAUCCUUCCUCCAGGUAUUGCUCAGACACAGAUUUUGCCCUGAUUUUUUAUCAGAUUUUACAGACUUUAAAGGACGUUGAAGGUUAAAUUCAAUAUUCAUUUAUCGGAUAUGAUCCAUAAGUACCGGAUUCUACUAGAAAUCUUGCUCGUAUGCAUUGGUGUACCACCAAUAUUCCUUAAACUUAAACUUGAACUUAAACUGUGUUUUGUUAUAUUUAUUGACUCAAGAACAACCCGAAUACAACACCCAUUUUUCUCGAUCUCAUUCGAAGUUUCAAUUUUUUUUUCAAACAAAUUCAGCUUUAAUCACUGUUCAAGUAAUGUAAAUAGCAGUUCAGUUGCCGGACCUUGUACAUACAUUUUUUAUAACGGAAAGGGGGAUUGGUUUAUCAGGAAUAUCCUUUCUAUCGAGUGCAUAUUUUCAAAAAUAAUUUAUAAAUGUAAACUGCUAACGAUCAUAAAGUCCAUCGGAAGCAAAACUAAAGCAAAUAAAAUAUCUACCAGCUUGUAACCGUCCCUCGAAUGAGCGGCUUUGUCACAAAUAAAUUUUCCACCUUCAUCUCGCAAAUUGGGUGAGCGCGUUCUAAGAGGAUCAUUACAAUUAUUCCGCCAACAGGAAAUCACUCAAUCAUUAGCGUCGAAGAACGAAGAAAAACAACAGUAACAACAACAAAAAGUAUCCAUUUAAGGCAACCCUAAAAAAUAAUGCAAGGAAACCACAUACGGCAAACAUUUCUCGUCCAUCUUUUUCUACGGUGUAUCAAAAAAAAAAAAAAUGUAAAGAUGUUUGUAUUUUUUACGAAAUAAAAAUGUAAAAAGUAAACAAAAAAUUAGCAAAAAUACUGUAAAUUAGGUACAUAUAAACAUAUAUUUUGUUACUAUCGGCCAUUUUUUGUACUGCGAGUCGACAUGUGGAACCAACGCAAUAGUUACUAAACUAAACAAAAAAAAUGCUUGUUAAUUUUUUCGACCAGCAACGGUGAAAGAAUAUUAGGUGAAACUUAAACAAAACAGCUAACAAAGACUUGUUCAAUGGGUUAUCGGGUCUUAAGCAGUUGUAAAAAGCAAAAAAAAAACAAGAAGAGCAAUUAAUUAGUCAGUAAGACGGGCGAGUAAAUUAGAGGAAAUAAAAAAAAUAACCAUUUAAGAAUGUUGUUGAAUUCUGUUAGCGUAUUUUUUAUUCCAUAUUCAACGGUUUAGGUUUUCAAAUUUUUAGCUGCAACGGGCGCAUGUGCGCACGUGCAUUUGGAACAGCAGGAUUUUAAGAGCAACAGUUCACCGGUAAAGUGCCAUGUGAACUCAUUGCUAUCCAAGUCUUCCAUAACGAGAGUCUCUUCCCCCUCGUUUUGAAGACUCCAAGUGCAAUUAUUUUGUAUGUAAUUGGUUCUGAUAUUUAGGACAGUUUCUACUGCGUUUUGAAGCCUUUGUUUAAACCCGUUUUUCCGGACCGAACAAUUGUUGUUGUUAAAAUCUUCUAUCGUUGAAGCAAACCGAACAGGAACGGACUGUCUGCAACCGAUCAAUUUUCAUUACCGAAAAUCCUGCUGAAUCUAAAUAAAAUAUAUAUUCAUAUAGAAAACAAGUUUCAUUUCCAAAAAUUUAAUUGCACAAAGUUAUUUCUUUCUGCGUUUGUUUGAAAAGAGUCAGUAAACUUGCACAAUAGGAAAAUCUUGCCAGACAUAAACCCAAACGGAUCACGAAGCCAAAUAAGUACAGAACUUACAAAAGUUAGAUUACAAGAAAAAUAUUGAAAACAAGAAAACCCAACAGCAGUAAAAUUCCCCUAGCGAAGAACAAAUAACGUUACAUCCAUUCGCCCAGAAAACGCACUGUUAAGGAAACUUCACCAAAGGCUACAAUUACAUCCAGAUUUAUAAUCGAACUGUUAGUAUUUAAUGAAUCAAUUUAGUUGACCUAUGAGAAUUUACAACCUACUAAAUGCAAUAUACGCUCUCACACAACGGCAUAACACAAUCGCCCAAAUUUUCAAAAAAAACGAUAAAGAAAACAGAUAAGAAAACUAAAACUCAAUCAACUAAUUAGAAAUGCUGGUAAAGACAAAUUAUUACAUUCCGUCUUUUUUGUAUACUUAACUGAAAAAAAACACUCAUUAACAAAAUCUCCGCCCUUUUUUCGUAAAGCACUGAGAAAUUCAGCAAUGUAAAAUUUGAUUGAGACCCUCCAUAUAUCUGAACCUUUUGUAUAAACUUUUCCAUUGUUUCUAGCAGUUUGAAAUGUUUGGCUCAACAGUUCUUGUUUCAACUGAUUACAUACUUUCGACACAGAAGUAAACCCGAUCCAUACGAAGAUUUUUGGAACUGCUCGAGCACGUGCUCACUGCUUGUCGCUUCAGUUGUCCGAAAUCGAGUUCGCGCACUAGGAAUCUAGCCUUACCCGUCCCUUGACGCCAUUUUCCAAUUUUUUCUUGUAUCUAACCAAGAAAACGUUUUUUUUCUGUUUAAUCCCCAUGAAUCGUCAAAGAAAAAGAUUCGACAAUUUUUGUAGUUAGGGAUUGUACACUUUUUUCGCAGCAAGUUCCGCAAGUAGAGCGCAUAUUUAGAAAUUGGAAAACGUUUUUUCGUGAUAAAAAGAAAACCAACAGCAAACCAAGCAGUGGAUUAGGGUACGUAAAUUAUGCCGUCUAAGGUGCCUAGCACCCGUAGACUUUCCGAACGUUUACGACAAAGAUUACUCUUUUUUUUCUUUCUUAACAAUCCUAAUUAAGUUCAGAAUCACUGAAAUGAACUCGAUUGCUGUUUUUGUAUGUUUCAAACGGUUCUAUCUUUGGCCGAAAUUACUCAAGUCCGCUCAGUAACAAGAUGUCUUGCAGUUCGAAUAAGAUUUUUUCUCACAUGGUUAAAGCAGAGACAAACUUUAAAACGAGCAAAUGAAUCUAUACCAAUAUAAAAGGACAUGAAUCUGUGAUCCUUAAGCUCCACAGCUCAUAAGAAAUCUUUUUAUGAUUUCUAUUGCUUUUGUCUGCGAUUUUCAUCGCGAAGGAUGAUUCAUCCCUGGCAUUUCUGCUGCUGCCGGGUAAGGCGAGGUAACAAAAUAUAGCCAAAAUUAUAAUGUUUUCUGCAAAGUGAAUGGAAUAUCCAACCAACCACCUUUAAAAUUCAUUAAUUUAUAAAUGUCUUGGAAAAUGAUGUUUCUGAUUAUGAAAAUAGAAGAUUCAAUUUUGUUCACACAAUUGCACAAAUCUUGAAAACGCUUUAUGUUUCCGAAAAUUCGAGAAAUAUUAAGACUGCCAAAUAUUGAAGAUUUCAUUACGUUUUCCGUGGACGCGGUUUUGGGAUGGUAAAGUGCAUGCUUUUACGGGAAGAAAUCGAAAAGAGAUCAAAUAAUAAAUUAAAAAUUCAUAACAAUUCUGAUCCAAAUAUACUUGAAUAAUACUAAAAUAUUUCAAUAUAUAUAUAUGAAGGGACAAACAUACAGUACACGACAAAAUAAAGUACGCACUUGCUAUCAAAAUUUUCAAAUCGCUGUAACUUUUUUCCCAUAAGGAAUUCAAUAUAUUCUGAUGAAUUGGAAAUAGUAUUUUCAAUACACUAACGAGUGGUGAAAAUAUUUUGUCGAAAAAUUUAAUACGUACUUCACACAGUGUAGUUGUCAAAGUCAGUCUUCGCAAUGGACAAGAUAAAGUACGCACUCUUAAAAACCUUAUCAGAUGGCUAUUUCUCUGCAUAGAAAAUUGUUCCGGCUUCAAAAAAGGUUAAAUUUCCUGCCAAUCCCGUCGGAACAAAGGGUUUUCUUAUAUGUUUAUUCUUUUAAUGGACCUCAAGCAGGCGGUUGCAACCCAAGGGGAUGGCAUCCUUAUUCUUUGUCAUUGAAUUCGACAACCGUCAAAAUUACGGGCCCACAAUUUUGUGGGCCCAUAACAUACCCGGCAGUUGGCUGUCAAGGAACCGGACUAAAUGUCAAAUCCUAGAGAAUUAUGAAUGAUUGCACACUAACACAACAAUCACACAACAAUCAUUUCUGGUUCGUAGAAAUUUUAACUUUGGCCAGUGGAGAAAACAAAAACGGCAUAUGUAUAUUUCUACCAUCGUUAUUAUUUUUUUAUUUACAUAGUACACCGUCUCACGACAUAACUUGACGAACAUAAUUCCUAUAAUUCACUCGGUCCAUGGCAACCGUUCUCUAAUUUCUCGGACAACCCACGUUCGCCAGAUAACGCUCCACUUGGUCUAACCACCUCGCUCGUUGCGCCCCCGCUCGUCUUGUUCCUACCGGAUUCGUAGCGAACACCUGUUUUGCAGGACAGUCGUCCGGCAUUCUCGCAACAUGUCCCGCCCAGCGUAUCCGGCCAGCUUUCACCACCUUCUGGAUACUGGGUUCGCCGUAGAGUCGCGCGAGCUCGUGGUUCAUCCUUCGCCUCCACACUCCGUCCUCCUGUACGCCGCCAAAGAUGGUUCUUAACACUCGUCGCUCGAAUACUCCGAGUGUACGCAGGUCCUCCUCGAGCAAUAUCCAUGUCUCGUGCCCGUAGAGAACAACCGGUCUAAUGAGCGUCAUAUGCAGGUUACACUUCGUGCGAGGGCUAAGUCUUCUCGACCACAGUUGCUUGUGGAGUCCAUAGUAGGCACGACUUCCGCUGAUAAUUCGCCUCCGGAUCUCACGACUGGUGUCAUUGUCUGCGGUCACCAGUGAGCCGAGAUAGACAAAGUCUUCGACUAUCUCCAGCUCGUCGCCGUCGAUCGUGACCUUGUUACUACUGGACAAUCGGGUUCGGUCGGUCUCGGAUCCGAAGGCCAGCAUGUACUUUGUCUUGGACGUAUUAAUCAUCAACCCAAUCCUUCCUGCUUCGCGUUUCAGUUUGCGGUAGAUAUCUUCCACCGCCGCAGAUGAUCUGCCGACUAUAUCAAUGUCAUCGGCAAAGCAGAUAAGUUGACUGGAUCUUUUGAAAAUCGUGCCCCUCAUUUCGCCCACCGCUCGGCGAAUAACACCUUCUAGCGCCUUGUUGAACAUCACGCAGGAUAGACCAUCACCUUGUCGAAGCUCCCUGCGCGAUUCGAAUGAACUCGACAAUUCACCCGAAAUCCGCACACAGCACUGCGUUCCAUCCAUCGUCGCCUUGAUCAGUCUGCGUGUUGAUUCGGCGCGAGUUGAUGACGAUCAUGUUGAUUAAUGCCCAGACUCAGACCCUUUAAAGGAAGAAUGCUACUAGGAGGUAAAUUCCCGGGAUAACGACUAAGACCCAUACAAUUUACACCACUUGAAAGGAUAAUACUGGCCUAGAUCAAGUUUUUGGGCACCUCUUGCGUUCCUAGAAUAAAAUCGUUUUGCUUCACGAAGCAUUCUCGGCGAAGCAUGAUCGUCAGCGAGUCGAGAAGGCGGCGAAUGAUUCGACGCCGUCUACGCGCAAUAUUUUUAUCGAGAGCAAAUGAUGACUGUUUGAUGGCUACCGUUACCUCAGGAAAUAACUGAUCACUAGAAAGGGGAGGAAAAACAAACUAGGUAUGCGCCCUCGACGCUGAAAAGCGUCGUUUGUCAAGAAAACAGACUUUCUAUUUCAGAAGCAACUACACACCUGAAAUUAACUCAAAAUACAAUAACAAGCUCAUAGAACUCCAGAAACAGGUUAUCCGGAGCCACCAAAGUAAAUUUGAGCUUUUAGGUUUUAAAAAACACUUUUUGGACGUUCCACCCUUUAAUACCUCGUUGACCUGAACGUUGGCGUCAAUAUUUUAAUUGACUUUUCACUGGUUCAUUCUCCAAUGAUUACUACGAUCGCUGAAUACCACGAGACAACUACGUUUUUCCGAUAAUCAUUUGUAUGCACGUUUUGUAAUGAGUACACAGCAAAUUUUUUCUGCUGGAAACCAGCAAAAUUUUGCAGGUUUUUGUCCCGCUGGCUUUCCAGCAAAAUUUCCAGCAAUUUGAAUAGCUGAAAACGAUCAGCAAACUCAAUUGCUGGAAAUCCAGCAAUUUCAAUUGCUGGAAAUCCAACAAUUUCAAUUGCUGGAAAUCAGUUAGCUCAAUUGCUGGAAAUCAGCAUUUUUUUUUUUCAAAAAACAACCGGAAAUUUUGGGAUUCUAAAUUAGACUUAAAAUUUAUAUAUCAAACUUAAAUCCUCAUGGCAGUCAUAUCUAAAAUUAUAAAUUGGUUUGAUUAUUUUUCUUGAACCUCAUUUAUUCAAAUUUUUUAAACCCAAAUAAAAUAAUAUCUGCCUAUCGGUUGGCCACUUUCGGCUAAGUUCUUGACAUCAUGCUCCAUCUGAAAUAAAAAUAAAAUUAAAAGUUUCUUAUGAAACUGUUUCUUCAAAAAUUUACCCUUGGUUUCACUGGAAUAUAAAAAGAAAUAAAAUUCGAUGUCUCCACCGUUGCAUACACGAGAAACAUACCAAGACUUUUCGCGCGCAACGAAAAAUAAAUAGCAAAACAAAAACCACUUCUACACACAAAAUUUCUGAGGCCGGAAUUUAGCAAAAUUUUGCUCAAAUUUGACCAGCUAGAAACUUAGCAAUCAAUUUAGCAAUUUUUUUUUACUAAAAUUUCAGCAAACGAGAGGAAAAGUUAGCCGCCGCAAUUUUUACUCAAAUUUUUAGCAAAAACCGGAGAAAAAGAUUGCUGGGACCCGUUAUUUCAUGUUUUGUUAUUUUUUCUCUGGAAAAUCAGGGGAAUAUUUGAUUAUUGAAUAGAAUACACAAAUUACAUUCACUUAUAAUUUAUUUAUAAUUUAUUUUUCACAUUUUUUAAAUUUUUUUCACACUUUUCGCUAAACGGAAGGUUCGAUCCUGGGAACGCACCUACUGGCGAGCAAAAUGCCAUGCCAUCUUCAUCAAACAAAGCACCGGGGUGUUUUCCGGAUGCAGCUCGUUGAAAUUCCAGUUGUGGUCCUUCUUCAUUGCCGGACUGUUGCGGGUUUCGUGUUGCACUUUCAACCUGGAAGGAAAAAAACAAACACACAAAUUUCAAAUUAAAAUAUUGGAGAAUCAAAACACUUUAAGAUUGGACCUUACCUGUAAGCAUCUGGAGUCGAUUUAGCUACCGUUUCUUCGUGAAGUUGCCCACCAACAAGAACCACCAGCAACGAACAUCCGGAACCGCACUUAAUCGCGACAGCUUUUUAAUUUUCUCCCAACUGGCGCGGCGGCUGGAGCCUGUGAACAUAGCGGCUGAAAAACCUUCGUUUUACUAAAAUCAAGUAAAAUGACCUUUUUCAUUACUAAAAUCAAGUAAAUUUAGCUUUUUGCUAACUCGUCAGUAAAAAAAUAUUUUUGCUAACGGAAAGUAACAGCGAAAUUUUGCUAAGUGGAGCCCCGAAAGUUUUGUGUGUAAUUUGACAGAUCGAUUGCUGGUUUUUCAGCAAUGAAGAUCAAGUGCUGGAAAAAUCUGCAAGAAGGAGAAUGUUUGCUGGUUUCCAGCAAAAAUUUGGAUUGCUGGACAUUUCCAGCAAUAUUUUUUGCUGGAAAUCGAGGCAAAAAUUUACUGUGUACACACAAAACUUUCGGGGCUCCACUUAGCAAAAAUUUGCUGUUACUUUCCGUUAGCAAAAAUAAUUUUUUACUGUUGAGUUAGCAAAAAGCUAAAUUUACUUGAUUCUAGCAAAAAGAAAGUUCAUUUUGCUUGAUUUUAGUAAAAUUAAAGUUUUCUAGCCGCUUUGUGUACAGACAGCAGCCGCCGCCAGUUGGGGGAAAACAACAAACCAAAGUGAUCCAGUGCGGUUCCGGUAAUUCGAUGCUUGCGGUUCAUUUGGUGGCUGAUUCAACGACGAAACGGUGGCCAAAUCGACACCGGAUGCUGCAGGUAAGGGCCGAACUUGGAGUGAACAGAUUUUCCGAUUUUUAAAUUCAAAAUUGUUUGUUUUUUCUACCAGUUUGCAACUGCCGGCAAACACGACGGUUUUUUUGCAACAGUUCGAAAUAAAGAGGGACCACUACUGGCAUGUCAACGCGCUGCAUCCGGCACAACUCAGAUGCAUUCAUUGAUGAGAGUCGACCUUUGGCAAUUUAACGAAAAGUGGUAAAUGAAGUUCCGAAAAACGUGAAAAAUAAAUUAAAAGUUAAGUUA